AUGUCUCAGGUAUUCCAAAGUUAUUUCUGCAUAGAGAGCCAGUCUCGCUUGACCUUAACGAAUGGUCUGCGCACCCUGAUAACCUCGAAACCCUUUCCACCAGACGAGAAAGACUUUGCCGACAAUAUGUUUAAGAGUGAGUAUCUACACAAGAUGUAUCUUGCAACUACAAACAAGAAUAAUUCAAGACACUGGAAGGCUUUAGAGCUGUCCGAAAAGAUGCGCGUGCAGCCAGUACAUAUCGUGAAUUAUGUAUGGAGGAGCCAUAAUGUAUGGUUCUUCAAAAAAGCACUAAUGGCCAUUGUCUCCCACUGGGAGAAGCUAGGUCCUGAUGCUGGCCUCUGCCUGAUGAGCUUCAGUCAAGAGGACUACGACACUUUUGAGCAAGAGGUUGAAUGCAGGGAGUUCGUUGCCGGCAUUCUAGAAUUGUUCAAGGCGAACUAUCGCUUACCUCCUGAGGGCACAAUCAGUCCAGAGCGUUAUGACGACAUACAGUCUGAAUUGACGAGGUUAAGGACUGUUUGUUACGAAGAGGCAGAAAAUGAUGACGAUAGAUUGAGCGUGAAAAAGCUGUGGCCAUAUCAGGAUAGCAAGGAAGUAUGA